GUACAGUAUUUAUUUUUGUUUAGACGCUCAAUGGAUUGGGGGCCAAGCCCGGAAAUUCUUCGCAAGUACAACCUAGAACCACCCCCUCGCCUGAAAAUAUCGUGCAAAGUACCCCACUGCAGGAGCGCCUACUACUCAAACAGAGUCAACAUGCGCUUUUUUAAGUUCCCCCGUGACCCCCACGUUCGACGCCAGUGGAAACAAUUUUGCGAAAUUCCGGACAGUUUUCUCAAGUGUGAUAGUUAUCAUGUGUGCGAGCAGCACUUCGUCAAGGGGGAUUUUCUCGGGAGGUCGCUCGUGAUGGGGACUGUCCCCAGACGAAAAGGGGAUGUUGAGAGAAUUGCUAGGGAACAUAAUUACUUCGAGAGACCUCCGGAAGAGCACAGUUGUCAUAAGUUGGAGAACGAGGUGGCUUUGCGGUGUAGACGGUGUAUUAGUCAAGACAAUAGCGUCACGAUGCAGCGGCCCAAGGUCUUAAUGACGAAUCCUUCGAUCCCCCAAGUGGCCUUCGACAUUUUGGAGCGACAGUGCGAGGUGAUAAGGACCAAGGACUACACCCGUGCCUCGAUCCUGGAAAAGGCGGCAGGAGUGGACGCUUUGUUCUGGGCGACUUCGCAAAAGCUGGACGCCGAAAUCCUGGACAAAGCCGGUCCUCAGAUGAAGACGGUUGGGACUAUGUCGGCCGGAGUCAACCACAUCGACGUCCCUGAAUUAAAAAAGCGCGGAGUGAAGCUGGGUAACACUACGGGGGUUUUGAAUGACGCCGUCGCCGACAUCGCUGUUCUUUUAGCACUAGGCGCCUCCAGGCGGCUCCACGAAGGUCGUCUGAAGAUCGAAAAGAACGAAUGGACCCCUGGUUUGACUUGGAUGUUGGGGAAGGACAUUGUGGGAUCGACGGUCGGGAUUGUAGGACUGGGGGGGAUAGGCCAAGCUAUCGUGAAGAGGCUGAAAGGGUUCUCCGUGGGCAAGUUCUUGUAUACGGGACAUCGCGAGAAGCCUGAAGGGACGGAUUUGGGGUGCACCUUCGUCUCUCUGGACACCCUGGUCAAAGAAAGCGACUUUGUGAUAGUCUCGUGUCCGCUGACCUCCGAGACGAAGCUGAUGUUCAAUGAUGGAAUUUUCGGGAAGAUGAAAAGUAGUGCGGUUUUUGUUAAUAUAAGUAGGGGGGACGUGGUGGACCAGGACGCUCUGGUGAGGGCUUUAAAAGGAGGUAAGAUUUUUGCGGCGGGGCUGGACGUGAUGACCCCAGAGCCACUACCUCCAGACAACGAAUUGGCUAAGUUACCAAACGUCGUUCUAAUCCCGCAUUUGGGUAGCGCCACCGAGAACACCCGCAACGCCAUGGCGGAACUUACAGCACAAAACAUACUGCGAGGCCUAGGCGGCGAGGAAAUGUUCACCCCAGUUUGUUAAUUGAAUCAAAACUUUUGCACACGA